CUACAGACUAUUCCUUAUGUGUAGUAGUCAGUUACAACUGGUUGCGAUAGAUACCACCAAGCCGGGCAGCUAGAGGCAGAAGUAUUACAGGUGAAGCGAUACCCAUAUAGGCCAGAGGGGUCUGCAGCCUUAACUGUGCAAUGCAGAGUUUAGCUGGUGCUCAUCAGGGUGGGACAGACAAUGGUGAGCUUGCUCUAACUGGCUCCCAGCUUUCUGUGACACGACGUCCAAGCAGUGCAGGCAAUGCCAAGCUCUUCUCACGCUCUGUCUCUGUUAUCGAUGAGAGCAGGAAUAAAGGGAACUCUUUGACCGAUUCAUCCAGAGCUGUCAACAACCUCCGCAGGUCCAACAGCACCACUCAGGUGACCCAAACCAACAGCUCCACAUUCAGUGUGGAUUCACCAGAUGAUUUCCUGGCCUUUUUCGAUAGCAGCUCCAGUGGGAGGAGAAAGCUGGCUGGUCUGGCAAAAACUUCCCCUGAGAAGAAAACCACUUGGAAUACACUGGAUGACCAUUCUCGUGUGUUCCCAGUACCAUCUAGUGCCCGCAGUGCCAGCUCAGGUCAAAGCAUGGGCAUGCGUAGGAGAGAUGCACCUGCCCUGGCGCCCAGCUUUCCAGCCAAUAACAGGAGCAAUAAAGGAGCCGUUGGCAACACCGUGACCACAAUGGUACAUAACAACUAUUCACACGGAGAGAGAGGACUGAGCAACAAGAGCUCAAAUCAGAGGCCACCAUCACUCAAUAACCUCCUUAGACUACCCAGUAGAGAAGAUACAGGGAGCAGCCUUCAGAAGUCUCAGAAGAAUUUCUCCAGCCCAAACAACCUGGGAAGAAACAAUGCAGGAGGGUGCACUCCACCAAAGAGAAGAGAGGUGUCUGCUGAGGAGGCUGAGAGAUUUAUCCAGCAAGUGAAUAAUGCUGCCAUUACCAUCCAGCGUUGGUACAGAAGCCAUCAAAAGAGACGGAAGUCAGGAGAGGCAGCCUUGAGGCGCUUGCUUGCAUCUAAAAAGGAGGAGCGGCAGCAGCAUGCUGAGGAAGGAAAUAUUCUGAACUCCCAUUAUGCCAAAGAGGAGGAGCGGAGAAGAAUCCGGGAGGAGAAAGCACGGCAGGCAAGACGGGCCGCCAUUCAGGAACUGCAGCAAAAGCGCACUCAGAAAGCAGCUGAGAACCAACGAAUCAUAGAACAGGAAUUGCAGCAACUGGUGCAGAGUGGGAAACUUGGGAGAAAGAAACCUGUCAGGAAUAUGUCCUCUUCUCCAAUGGGGAACAGCACCAAAGCUAAUAACACAGGAAUACUCCAAUCCUCAGAGCCUCAUGGGACCACUGUUCAGAAUGAAAUAGAUCAAGAUGAUUCCAGGGUUCCAGUGUUCAGUACAAUUCCAGAAACUCUCAGAAAUAGUGAGCAGAAACUGCAGAGUCCCUCACCUGCAGAGCUGGCAUCUGAGGAACUGAAAAGUGAAUUGUCAGCAAGUAGGGCCCAGUCCAAAACUACCAUUACUGAGCUACUCAACACCCUGAAACAGCUGGAGGACACAGAAUCCCUGCUAGAGAUAAAGACUGGCUCCAAAGACAAGUAUCGAUGGAUGGAUGAGGAUGCGGAUACCUCUCUUACAGCAGAUAACCUGGAACGACUUGGUCAGAUGACGCGCAACAAGCCAGAUGGGCAGAGUGAAGCCCAAAAUGGGGUUUUGCUUUCAGAGGCCAAGCUGCAGAGUAUAAUUAGUUUUUUGGAUGAGAUGGAGAAGUCUGAGCAGGAAAGACCACGCUCCUCCGCAUCCAACACCCAGCGUGGGGCCUUGUUAUCAGAAGAAGAGCUUACACACUUGGAGCAGGCAUCUGCGGUUGCUACAGAGGUUACAAGUUCCAUGCUUAAGAUGCGCUUGGAGCUUGAAGAGAAGAAACGAGCAAUGAACCUUCUGCAGAUAGCACUGACCCAGCAGCGUGAACUCACUGUACGGCAUGCGAAACAGACAGAAAAGGAGUUAGGACACCAGCUCAAACAGCAAAGUGGACAGUAUGAAGCAACAAUCCAGAGACACCUGUCAUUCAUAGAUCAGUUGAUUGAUGAUAAGAAAGCACUAAGUGAGCGAUGUGAGUCUCUUGUGACUGAGCUGAAGCAGAUAGACCAGAAGUAUGGAAGCCACAUCAAACAGAUGCAAGAACAGCAUGAGCUGAUCUGGCAAACUCUUGGCCCCCUUUGUGAGGAGAUGAAAAAGCUUCAGGAACUCAUGUCGGCAACAGAGAAAGUCAGAAGGGAGAAGUGGAUUGAUGAUAAAACAAAGAAAAUUAAAGAAAUAACAGUAAAAGGAUUGGAGCCAGAAAUCCAGAAGCUGAUUGCCAAGCACAAACAGGAGAUCCGUAAGCUGAAGGCUCUCCAUGAGGCAGAGUUGCUGCAAUCAGACGAGCGAGCAGCUCAGCGUUAUGUGCGUCAGGCAGAAGAGCUCCGACAGAACUUAGAACGUGAAAAAGAAGACUUGAGCCAGAGAGAGAGGGAGCUUGCAAAACAAAGGUACGAGAAACAGCUAAUGCAGGAGGAACAAGCCCUGCAGGAACAGCGCAGAAGACUGUAUAGUGAGGUGUCUGAGGAGAAGGAAAGGCUGAACCAGCAAGCAAUGAGGCAAAGGUCAGAGCUGGAUGAACUAAGGAAGCAACUUGAGGACAACUGUGCACUGGCCACCAGAGCAUUGAAAGAAGAGUACGAGAAGAGCAAAGAGGAGCAGGAGCGAAGACACCAGGCAGAAAGUAAAGCCCUGAAGGAGCGUUUAGAAAUUGAGAAGCAAGCAUGGGAGCAAAACUACAUGAAGAAGGAGGAAGCCUGGCUUUUAUCACGGGAAAGGGAGCUAAAAGAUGAAGUUCGAAAGGGAAGAGACAAAGAGAUUGAGAUGGUGAUUCAACGACUUGAAACUGACAUGAACACAGCCAAGGAAGAGUGUGAAAGAACGGCUGAGAACAGAAUUAAGCGGGUGCGAGAUAAGUAUGAGUCGGAGAUACAGGAGAUUGAGCGAUCAGAAAGGAAACUACAGGAACGCUGCAAGCAACUGAAGGAGCGAGUUACAGAACUGGAAGGAGAACAGAUCAGACUUCAGGGACUUCUCAGACAGAAGGAGCAAGAAGUGGAGGAUAUUAGGAAGGUCACUGAUAGGCUGAGUGAGGAGAGGAAGAGUCUCUCUGAAGUCAUCAGACAAGAAUUUGCAGACAGACUUGUAGAGACUGAAGAGGAGAACCGUCGUUUGAAGACAGAAGCAUCAGAAGCAAGAGCAAGACAUCGUCUAGAGCUUGAAAGGAUUAAUCGUGAGAAGGAGGAAGAGUUGGAGGAAGUGCACAAAAGGGUGAAGAAUGCGAUAGUCAAAAAGGAAGAAGCUGUCAACAGCCUGAAGAAGCAGUGCGAGGCAGCUGUGAAGAGAGCUGAUCAUUUAGAGGCCCUACUGGAACAACAACGGAAGCAGCUACUGGCCAAAUAGAAUUUUCUUUCUAAAGGUGGCUUCUUAUGCUCCCUGCUCAAACCACUCUUGGCUUUUAGUUUGUGAUUAUAUUCCGCUAUUUUAUAUUCCGCUAUUUUAAUUAUUUGUGGAUUUGUUUUUAACAGUAAAAAACUUUUUUUUAUAUAAAA